GAUCACGUGAACGCAAACUUCCGGGUAGGUACUCCUCACAGGCUCUGGGGGAAAACUUGUUUUUCCAGUUCUGUGCUGUGAGCUCGUGCGGUUGCAAGUGUACGCCAGCUUCGCUCAUCUAAUAAAGGUCACGAUGUCGGCGCGGAGAGUUGCGCUCGUGACGGGCUCGAACAAGGGCAUCGGGCUCGCGACGGUGCGCGCGCUGUGCAAGCAGUACGACGGGGACGUGUACCUGACGGCGCGCGACGUGGCGCGCGGGACGGCCGCCGUGGAGGGUCUGAGGGCGGAAGGGCUCGCGCCGCGUUUCCACCAGCUGGACAUCACGGACGCGGGCAGCGUGCGCGCGGCGCGCGACUUCUUCAAGGCGGAGUACGGCGGCGUGGACGUGCUCGUGAACAACGCGGGAAUCGCCUUCAAAAUGGCUGAUAAAACACCUUUCGGGAUCCAGGCUGAUGUGACGCUCAAGACAAAUUUCUUUGCCACCAGAGACUUGUGCAAUGAGUUCCUCCCCAUUAUCAAGACAGGAGGAAGGGUGGUGAAUGUUUCCAGCGUCAUGGGUUCCAUCGCCCUGAGCCGCUGCAGCCCGGACCUCCAGGCUCGCUUCCGGAGUGAUGAUAUCACCGAGGAUGAACUGGUGGGGCUAAUGGAGCGCUUCGUGGCGGAUGCUAAAGAGGAAGCUCACACUCAAAGGGGCUGGCCCGAAACCGCAUAUGGCAUCUCCAAGACUGGCUUGACCACCCUGACCAGGAUCCAUGCCCGGAAACUGACGCAGGAGAGACCUGGCGAUGAAAUCCUGUGCAAUGCCUGCUGUCCAGGAUGGGUGAGGACCGACAUGGCAGGGCCAAAUGCUACAAAGUCACCAGACGAGGGCGCCAUCACUCUAGUCUAUCUGGCACUGCUGCCACCAGGGUCUAAGGAACCUCAUGGGCAGUUUGUGUCAGAAAAGAAGGUGCAGCCAUGGUGAUCAGGUUCGAUUCUCCUGCUCGACCAUAUAAUAAGCUAUUAUAAUAUCUAAUGUAUGUUGCAGCUUCAUGGUACCGCAUGUUACAUGUCGGGGGUAGUUUCUUGUUUUUCUGUGAUUUAAUUAGACUUUAUCAUUAAAACACUCCAUGCUGAAUAAACCAAACAAAUAAAAUUUGUUAUUUAAAAAACAGUUAUUCUGCAUAGUUCACUUAACUAGGCCAACCAGAUAAGAGGAUUUAUUUGAAACAAACUGACAUACUACAAUGUUACGCACUUUCACGAUCCUUGCACUUGUGCCUUAUUCCGCUUAUUAUAUUAAUAUGUUAAGAAUUGAAUCAUUUUUAUCAUCGCAUCAAUUUUAAGCAUUUAUAUUUAUGGCUUGUGAACUAUAAACCAAAAAUAAAGUUUUUUACACAUUGAUGUUUCUGUCACUGUACAAAUGUUAUCAUCAUAUAUAGGCUAUGUUAUAUAAACAUGUAUUUCAUAUUUGAAAACACUUUUGCCCCUGGCUGCUGAUCAUACACUAAAUAAAAGAAUUUUCUGUACAA